AGCGCUGGCCGGGGUGGGAGGUUUCUGCGGCCGAGGGGAAGAUGGCGGCAGCCACGGUGCUGGCCGCCGGGCUGUGCGCGGCGCGCCGGGCGGUGGCGGUAGCGGGGCCGCGGGGGGCGCAGCCUCGCCGCGAGAGAAACGAACCGGCGAUGAACGACGCCCUGCACAGGCCCGGGCACCGAGGUGGACACAGGGUCCGAGGAGCUGCAGCUGUGACUGAUGGGAAUGAAGUGGCCAAGGCCCAGCAGGCAGCUCCUGGUGGGGCAGCCCCAACCAUCUUCUCCCGGAUCCUGGAUCGAAGCCUCCCAGCUGACAUUCUGUAUGAGGACCAGCAGUGUCUCGUAUUCCGUGAUGUGGCCCCUCAGGCUCCUGUGCACUUUCUGGUCAUUCCUAAGAAGCCCAUUCCUCGCAUUAGCCAGGCUGAAGAAGAAGACCAGCAGCUUCUAGGACACCUUCUCCUUGUGGCCAAGAAGACAGCAAAGGCUGAGGGGCUGGGAGAUGGAUACCGACUUGCUCCAUUUCAGUGAUCAACGAUGGGAAGCUGGGUGCACAAUCUGUGUAUCACCUGCACAUUCACGUACUUGGGGGCCGACAGCUCCAGUGGCCUCCAGGUUGAACCUACCAAAUGACCAAGGAUCUCAGACUUGGAUGCUUGGAUGGGGGUGGGGGAAAACGGCACCCUGUAAUGCUAAUAAACUUGCUCUCCCUCAA